GUUCAAUUUAAAGCUGACAAGUUGGUCACGUAUCGAUACUGUGACAACGUAUGGACGUUUGUGAUCAACGGUGUCGAGUUUCGAGAUGUCCAUCGGUCAAUUGAUCGUACUGUGGAUCGUGUGAAAAUAGUCGCGUGUGAUGGGCGUGCACCCGGCCUGGCUGGUACAACUAGUGGAACCGUGUAA